AUGCGCCUGAAAUAUAUCUUUCAUGGGCAAAAUAACAAACCACAUCCUUAUCAUGUAAAAUCAAACUGGAUACCACAAGUUCAACCCUCGGUUGCACUCGAAAGUUAUCUUGAAGAGGUUAAAUUACAACUGGUAGAAAUUAAACUGUCACAGCCAAGAAACAAUCUGUCAUCAAGAGAACGAGAAGUACUACAAUCUUUAAAAAGAAACAAAGAUCUUAAUGUGAAAAAAGCAGACAAAGGUUCCUGUGUCGUUAUUAUGGACACAGAGAACAAAAUAAACGAAGGUCAAACGCUACUUGACAACUCGAAACACUAUAGACCUUUAGAUGAACCGAUGGUUAAGGAAACUCAAUAUAAAGUAAAACAACUAAUACAAGAACUACAUGAAAAUAAAAACAUUGAUGACAUGACAAAAACACCGAGCCCGCCUAGAAUUCCCAUAUUCUACACCCUAACUAAAAUUCACAAGCCUACACCAGUAGGUAGGCCAAUAAUAUCAGGCUGUGACGGACCAACAGAAAGAAUCUCAGCAUUUCUUGAUAGGCUGUUGCAACCUAUAGCACAAAGACAGGCUUCUUAUCUUAAAGACUCCACAGACUUCAUUAAUUUCAUAGAAAGCACAGAAGUCCCAAUGCACGAGAUCAUUGUUUUAA